AUGGGUAGCCAAUUCCUGGCCACAUCCUGCCUUGUUGUAUAUAUAUCAGUACAAUAAGGGUUUCCUGUGAACAAACUGCUAGAGUGUCAGCUGAUGAUGUCUCAUGGAAUAAAAGGACAAAAUCAAUUUACCCAUAAAGCCAUGCUGCUUCUUAUUGUUCAGCUCGUUUUGCACCCUAUAUCCUCCUGUUCUGGGGAUCCCAACCUUACAUACGCCUGCCAAACGGCCCAUGGUGCACAAUGCAAGCAGCUCCCUUUUGUGCCAGGUCAUACCCUUGUGGGUCAGGGUUUUAACAUUGUGACCAUGAAACCAACCAAGCUUUUGCUCAUAGAUGUACAAAGUUAUUCUGGACCCGAUAAGAAAUGCACACUGUGCCACAACCCUCACAUGAAUAAUGAAUUACAGAAGCUGCCCAUGAGCGUUGUGCAAUGGAGACCUGAGACCCAAUGUACAAGGAAAGUAUACAGUAAGGUCUCACGCUCAGCUCUUUCACUGAAUGAGGAGUCUUCUGCUAUGCUUAAUAAAGAAUGGUCAGCGAGUCUUGAUCUCACAGUUAAACAGGUCAACGCCAAGGUUGUGCUUGCAGGGUCACAGUCUGAGUUAACAAAGUUUACAGAGUCCAAGUCCAGCACAGACAGAUACAGUUUCAGCAGUAUGCAGCUGACAUGUUCAUAUUACAGUUUCAACCUUGGUGACAGACCUCAGCUAACCAGAUAUUUUAGAAAAGAGUUAAAUAUGUUACCAACUUCAUUUGAUGAUGCUGCAAAAAUAAAGUACCGCCAGCUGAUUGAAAAAUACGGCACACACUACAUGACCAGUGCAGAGGUCGGAGGUCAGGUAUUAGAGGUCACCGCUCUCCAGACUUGCCGUAUAUCCAUGGAGGGUAUGACAGAGGAGGAGAUAAAAGAUUGUCUGGAAAUAGAGGCAUCGAUUGCUGUGGCAGAUAAAGGGGAAGCCAGCACUAAAGCGAAAACCUGCAAAGAACUGAAUCAGAAAAGAUCUAAAGGUGAAAGCUUCCACCAGACCUUUAGUGAGAAGAAUUGGCAGGUAAAUGGAGGAAAAACAACCUUUGGACUUCUUUCCUUUGAUUCAGAUGUUAAAGAAAAUUCUGUCUUUGAUGAAUGGUUUGAGAGCCUUAAGACGAUGCCCGAUGUGUUAUCCUACUCUCUGCGUCCUAUACAUGAACUUGUGAGAUUUAAAGGGCCACAAAAGGAGAAUCUCAGAAAGGCUAUAAGUGCUUAUAUUAUAGAAAACGCUCUUCAAAAGAACUGCUCCUGCCCUGGUAGCUCUCAAAUCAGCAUAGCAGCAGAGUGUUCUUGUGUUUGCCAUGCAAGCCCUGAAAGAGGGCAGAACUGUUGCCCAACUAAAAAAGGGUUGGCAAAACUGGUGGUAACUGUCAAACACGCCAAUGGCCUUUGGGGUGAUUAUAUAAGUAGUACUGAUGCUUAUAUCAAAGUAAGUUUUGGUAAUGAAAAAAGAGGGACGUCAACAAUAUGGAACAAUAAUAAUCCCAUCUGGAACAUUCGUUUUGACAUGGGGUUUGUGGAUCUGAGUUCCGUUUUUAAACUGAAGGUGGAGAUAUGGGAUGAAGACAAUAAAUAUGAUGAUGAUCUGCUUGGUGCAUGUGACAAAUCACUUACUAGCGGCCAAGUGAAUACUAUUUGUUACGCGCAGCACGGGAGCCUCACGUACAGUUAUAAUGUGACCUGCGUUCCGCAUCUCUCUGGGUCGCAGUGUCAGGACUACAAACCUUUCAAAGAGUAA